AUGGCAGUAAAACCGAAGAAACAAAAGAAAAUUAAAAAAUCCCCCAAAGUACCGCCAAAAGUGAUCAAUGAAGAUGUGGAAAUGUCCGGCAGUGAUGAGGCUGAGGAGAAUGAAGAGGUUUCCAACAAAAACACAAACAACAAGCAGGAUUCUGAACACCAAGUAGCCAGUGAUGACCACGAGGAUGAUGGUACUGGUUUGGCAAUUGAAAGUCCUGCAGAGGAUAAUGACGAGGACGAUGAUGAUAUGGAUUUGGCCAAUUUCCAACCCGGUGAAGAUAAACCCAAAAAGAAACGUAAAAAGGGCAUUAUUUAUAUUUCCAAUAUACCCAAACAUAUGAAUGUUACACGUAUACGGGAGAUUUUGGGUGAAUAUGGUAAAAUUGGCAGAGUCUAUUUGCAACCUGAAAAACUGCCAGGAAGCGACGACAAAAAGAAGAAGAAAAAACGCAAACCCUUUGCCCGCCACUUCACCGAAGGUUGGGUGGAAUUUGAAUCGAAACGUAUCGCCAAACAAAUUGUCCCCCUGCUGAAUAAUAAACAAAUAUCGACCCGCAAGAAAUCACAAUUUUACGAUUAUAUUUGGAGUAUGAAAUAUUUACCACGUUUCAAAUGGUGCCAUCUCACGGAACGUAUGAAUUAUGAGGCUGCCGUGCAUAAACAACGCCUUAUGGCUGAGGUGUCACAGGCCCGCAAGGAGACCACAUUCUUCCAAAAUAAUCUGGAUAAAAGUGAAUUUAUUAAGAAAAAGGAGAAACAAAUGAAAAAAUUAGAAGAUAAGAAGAAUGCAAAUAAAGUGUCUGUGGCGUAAGCUAAGUGUAAAUAUUGAA